CUACGCACUACUUACUACUAACUACAUUGUCAUAGUACAUCCCGCCCUCGAAACUUUGCUGCCUAGAUCUUUUUGGCCUACCAUAUCCUGAGUACGGCUUGCUGGCUCGCUGUUGGGACAGCAUAUAUGAUUUCCAUCAUUCCAUCAUAAUCCCCCUCCUCUCGUUUCCUAGGCGCAGUCAUGGGCGUUGUAUACUUCUUCCUUUCGUUCCUAGCUCCAGUAGUCCUCGCAUACGCAUUCUUCGUUCCGACCUUGCGAUCCCUGGGGGAGCUGGCAGGACACUACCUGCGGAGAUCCUCCCGUACACGGCGCGAGCUUCUACUUGCGAGAGUAGCGACUGAGCAAAAAGCCUACGAGUCGUCGAGCAAACAGAGCAAAGAGGAGGAUGACUGGGAGGAGAUUGAGAGGUCUGCGGUAGGCAGCGCGGCGAACGGGGGCAAGGCGGACAAGGACUGGAACGGGAUCGUCGGGUUCUUUCAUCCUUUCUGCAAUGCCGGAGGAGGCGGCGAGCGUGUUCUCUGGGGAGCUAUCCGCGCGACACAGAAACGAUGGCCAGAAGCUACGUGUGUGGUGUAUACUGGGGAUCACGAUGUAGACAAAGACGCGAUUCUUAAGAGAGUCAAGGAGCGCUUCAACAUCCACCUCCACCCUCCGACCGUACACUUCCUGUACCUUACCACCCGCCAUUACGUCCUCAGCAGCACCUGGCCUCGCUUCACGCUUCUGGGGCAGUCGAUCGGAUCCCUGAUCCUCGGUUACGAUGCCUUCUCCCUGCUUGUGCCCGACAUUUUCAUCGAUACUAUGGGUUAUGCCUUUGCCGUCGCUCUGUGCUCGCUUUUCUUCCCCAAUGUACCCACGGGUGCCUACGUCCACUACCCUACCAUCUCGACCGAUAUGCUGGAUUCUCUCGACGUUGGUGGUAAGGGUGUUCACACUGGACAGGGAGCCGGGUAUCGUGGUGUGGCCAAGCGACAGUAUUGGAGCCUAUUCGCGAAAUUGUACUGCGUCAUGGGUAGCUGCAUAGAUGUAGUCAUGACGAAUUCCACCUGGACCCAAUCGCACAUCAAAACACUCUGGGGUCCUUACAGAAACCGACGAAACAGCACCACGGACCAUGACAUCGAUGUCGUCUUUCCUCCGGUUGCGGUCGAAGAGCUCGAAAGGGAUGUCCCGGUCGAUGAGGAAAGUGAGCAGAAGAGAGGGCCCGCUCUUAUCUACAUCGCACAAUUUCGACCGGAGAAGAACCACCAAGUCGUACUGAGAGCUUUUGCAUCCUUGUUGUCGUCGAACCCCUCAUUUCCCGAAUACCCCAAAGAGACGCCUAAACUUGUAUUGAUAGGCUCGGUGCGAGACCCCGACGAUGCUACACGUGUCUAUAACCUCCGCCUGCUUGCGCAUGAGCUCCACAUCAAGGAACAUGUCGAGUUCGUGUGUGACGCUACCUGGCCGCAAAUGUUGGACUGGAUGCGACGUGCUAGCAUUGGUGUGAACAGCAUGUGGAACGAGCAUUUCGGCAUCGGCGUUGUCGAGUAUCAAGCCGCAGGUCUCAUCAGCGUAGUUAAUGAUUCUGGAGGACCAAAACUCGACAUCGUGGUUCCAAUCGACGGAAAGCCGACUGGUUUCCACGCCUCUACGUCUGAAGAAUACGCCGAAGGCUUCCGCAAAGCCCUCUCGCUCCCACGCAAAGAGCGACUCGCUAUGCGACGUCGUGCGCGCAAGUCCGCCAACCGUUUCACGGACCGCGGGUUCGCGGAGAAGUGGAUCGCGAAUAUGGACCAACUCAUCCUACUCCAGGUAGCGAGGACGAAGAGUUCGGAUUAGACUCAAAAAGACAUAAUGAACUGGUGCAUGGCGUUCUGCUUGAGGGUGUUCUUAUUCUUUCCAUUGUUAUGGGCGUGGGAUUUGGUCAUGGUUGUUGCGAAGCAUUCUUGGAGUUUAAUUUGAUUGGCAUAUGCAGUUGCGUAGAGUAAGGUAGAUAUUGCAUGCUACAGAAAAUGACUAUUUAACUCUCGGACUCUUAGC